GUCCUUUUAAAAACCCCAGCCAUUCUGCUUCUUUAAAGAGAAGCCCUGCUUCCGCCCCAACCUUCUGCGCCGUCUCCGAUCCCUCCCCUUUAUUCUCUGAGCGUUGGUACGCUCCACUUGAAGCCGAGCCUUGCGGGCGGACAAGACCACCCUACUCGCCUGAGGGGGAGGAGCUGAGGGCAUUGUUGGGUCAGGGGGCGCGCGCUAAUCGCGGGGAUGGCUUGUGGUGGGCCCGUCACAACCCUCCGAUAGCCUCCGCCCGUAGCUCAGUGUCACCUCAAGCACCAAAGGCGCGGCUGCCUCUUUUUCCGCCGCCGUCGUUUACUGCCGCCGCCGCCUCAUCUUCACCCACCCACCUAGCCGUCUCCUUAGUGGUAGCGUCCGACUCCCAGCUGACCGGCCUGGAAUCCCGGCAUCGAGUCCCGGCCUGGAUCCUCUUGCCUUGAGCUGCCCCUUCCCCUGCCCUGACCCUGAACACCGGUGCCGCCGCCGCCGCCGCCAUGGGAGACGCCGGCAGCGAGCGCAGCAAAGCCCCCAGCCUGCCGCCCCGUUGCCCCUGCGGGUUCUGGGGGUCCAGCAAGACAAUGAAUCUGUGUUCCAAAUGCUUUGCUGAAAAAAGAAAUCCACACAACGAAAAAGAUUUUCAAAAGAAGCAACCAGAUGAUGAGUCCACUCCCAGCACAAGUAACAGCCAAUCGGAUUUGUUCUCUGGAGAAACAAAUAGUGACAACAGUAAUACCUCUCUAUUGACACAGACUGUUAACUCCAACCAGCAACUUUCGACAGAACUGAAUGUAACUUCUUUGAGCAAAGAGGAAUGUGGGCCAUGCACAGAUACAGCUCAUGUUUCCUUAACCACAGCAACCAAAAGAUCUUGUGAUUCAGAGUCACAGGUGGACAGCGAGCCCUCUCCUGAGAAGCGGCCACGGUUACUUGAGGACGGUCAUGAUAGACCGGAAGAAAUCAGCCGUUCCAAACAGAAGAGCAGACGCAGGUGUUUCCAGUGCCAAACAAAAUUGGAGCUGGUACAGCAAGAGCUGGGAUCAUGUCGCUGUGGUUAUGUGUUCUGUAUGUUGCAUCGCCUGCCUGAACAGCAUGAUUGCACAUUUGACCACAUGGGACGCGGGCGUGAAGAAGCCAUUAUGAAAAUGGUGAAACUGGACCGGAAAGUUGGGCGAUCAUGCCAGCGCAUUGGCGAGGGCUGCUCCUGAGUGGCAAGACUCUUCAACCAAAUGCUGUUCUCUUAGUUCACUAAUGUUAGCCUUAUUUAGGACAAAGUCAGCCAGACACUUGUACUGGGCAAGUUUCAGACUACAGCCAAUCAAUUUUCUUUCUUUAGCCAACCAUCCUGGUACUGUAGUUUAGGAGUUAAAUGGUGAUCAACACUGAUUACUGGCUGGUUGUUAAGGUGCCUACUAGCCAUUGUAUUAAAAAAAAAUGACAACAUAUUAUUGAGCAUGGCUAGUGGAUUGUAACAAAAAAUAUAAAGGCUUCUAUUAUUGCAGGAGUCAAGUUCUUACAAACAAACAAAAAGCCUUAUGUUGGGAAUUGUCCAGCAGCUGAGUAGAAACUGAUGUAAAAGACUGCUUACGUGCAUACCACGCUGGAAGAAACUACCCUUAUUAGCCUGGCUUUCCUGUCCUCACUAUUAGCUAACCUUGAAGAGAUGAAACUGCUUAAAACAAGCAGGGUGGUUGCUAAACCUAAAAGACCUAAACCCUUACUUUUGCUAUUUCCACGCAUAUCUUCUAAGGUCAUGCAGCGCCACCAACAUCAGGAAAUAUCUUGUGGUAGGAAGAGCUUUCUAGGAAGCCAAAAAGAGGGGACAGAUUCUUAUGACAACUUUUAUAUUAGUUGAAAAUAUCAGAUUACAGGGAAAUUAUUUCUUCACUAAGGUGGAGGAGGAAAUAUCUUAUUUUAAAGUUAGUGCUAUUUUGGAACAAGCAGUAAACAGCGUGCAUUUUCUACACAGCAUCAACAACAUUUCUUAAGUGGUGUGAUCCAAUUCAAUAUGCCAACCAUAGUUUGCUGUUUCCCAUCAGCCAAAAUCUGAUUGGCUCUUGUUUGCCUUUUGCUAAGUGCAGGUAUCUGAUAAUUGAACAAAUAAGGCUAAUUCACAGCACAGUAGCCAUGCCUGGAUUCUACAGACUGACUUUCUGUAGCUAGACGUGUAUUGAGGGGUAAAGGACAUUUUGUAGCAAAUGGAAUUCAGUUAACAGUAUUGGGGGAACAACCAGGAAAAUCACCCUUUAUUGAACUGAGUUUGUACACCUCACUUCCAGUGUAUUAAGGAGAUAAUCAAAUGGGCUGUCCCAGCCUUGUGACUAUGCAGCUUGGUACUCAGUGAAGGUCUCUGCUCAUCAUCAGUUGCAAAGCAAGUGACUGUAAAAUGCCUUGCAUAGAAUGGGGACUCUCCAGAUCUGGUCUUUUAGAGCUACUGUUCUAUACUGGGUAUGUCAAUUUCAUUGAACUGAACUGCACAUUUUUUGUUGUUUGUUUCUUUGUUUUUAAUGUGCAGUGGUUUCCUCUAGCUACAGGCAAAUGUGUCUGUAAGAAAAAUAUAUAUAUAUAUUUAUAAUGGCCUAACGUGGAAUGUUUACCCCACAAACUGGUUAGUGCUCAGUUAGAAAUUUGGAAUUAGGUCUAGUAGGGAAUAGGGAAGGGUUGCUGGAAAAAGGGGAUCUGUUUUGUCUCUCAUUUCUCACAAAUGGAAUACAUUUAAGCCACCAAAAAGAGUGAAUUCCCUCAUAUCACUCUUUAAAAACGUUGUAGGGUGGAGCAGCUUCAAUAAGUCACUGACUGCUCUGUAUGUUCUGAAGAUCAGUGACUAGUUUACAGGUUGAUUUGUAUUUAAUCUGGUAGCCAGUAUGGCCAGUGAAGGAGACUCAGCCUUUGCCUAUAUUUCAAAUUGGUGAUGUAUUCAAUCCACCAUUCUAAAGUUCAAUAUGGAAAAGCCAUUCUGUGUUGUACUCAAGGCUUUGAAAUCAGAAAUGGAAUUUCCAGCUGCAUGUUCUGUUUCCUAAGGAAGUAUUCUCCUUUCAUCGCUAUGUGGGAGAAACCAGACAAUUUUCUUUGCGUUUGCCAUGAAGAGUUUCAAACAAACAUGGACUUCAGCUGCUGCCACGCUAUGCACUUUCUUCCCUUCUAAAAUCCUAGCAUAGCAUUUGAUGGACAUUCUGAUUGAUGUACAAGACGUUCAGAUUAAUAACAAAGAUGCUGUUUUUCUCUUGUUAAUCUUUCUUUAGCCCUGAUACACGUGCACAGUUGAUUUCAAGGUAUCUCUUGAGCAAACACUACUCAAGUUCAUGUGGAUUAUGGACAAUGUUCACUUUAAAAGGGGGGGCGGGGUUGUUCCUUUGCAGUAUCUGUUCUGUGAGGUUUGUUAAACGUAAAGAAAGCUUAAGUUCUUGUAAUCUUAAAGAAAUCUUAUUUAACCCUUUUUGUGUUCUAGAUUUACUUACACAUGUAGCUUAGAGCACAGAUUUAGUUUAACAUUGUGAAAUAUUAAAAAUGAUUGUAAUUCUUUUUCCUCCUGCUUAAAAGAAACAAAACCAUUAAACAGAUCAGAUUAAAAGUUGAAUUCUUCUCUGAGUUUUGCAGUAGGUAUGUUCCUCAAUUCAGUGGCUGCUAUAUGGCUUAGUUCUUUAAAUAACUUCAUUACUGGUCUGUAGCCUUCAAAUUAAGGCAUAUCCUAAAUACUAGAUUUAGGUGGCCAUUUCUGGCUAAGAAAUCUAGGUCAGAAAAAAACCUAAAACUGUUCUUUCUGAUAAAAACAAUAUAUUUAAGUUUGACUUUUUAUACCUAUGUAAAAAAGAAUCUCAAGAGUGUCAAAAGAUUUCUAAAAUGUUUAUACCCAGGAACAAAGAUUAGUCUAUGAACUGGUAUCAUUAUUCUGCCAUAAAUAUUUGUGUAUUCUGCAGCAAAAGUUCCUUAAUUCACUUUAACAUCCUUGUCUAAUUUUUCACUUUAUUCAUGAAUUAGUUCAAUUUUCAUGGUUGUUCAGUAUAUAUAUCAGAAUUCUAUAAUAAAACUCUGCAAACAAAAAUCCAAACUACAGCAAAUAUAACUAAGGGAAGAAAUUAAAGGUUUUACAUUGGGUAUUAAAAUCCAACAGAUGCUAAACUUAAUUCCUUUGAUUUCUUGUUGAAUUUUGAAUUAGCAGGUACAAAAAAAUAUUUAAACAAGUAGAGUAUAUAUGUGCACUUUGAUCUACUUCUUAUAUAUAGUGUGAACUUAUAACUUUUUAAUACUUGUGGUCUAGCAACAAAAAUUAGAUAUGAUUCUAUAUUAUUAAUUCCCCUCAUUACUCAUUAGCAUUACAUUUAGCUUUGAUAAUAUUUUAAUUCAUACUGUUCUAGGUUUAUAGACCUCACUUAAAUAUAAUGCUGAACUGUUCUGCUAAGACAUUGCAUGCUCCUUGGAGACUUCGUUUCUGCAGAAUUAGGUGGAAUUUCAUAUUAUGAACAUACCACAAUUGUCACCAAAGGUUUACUACAAAACUGGAGCAUCAUUCAACCAUGUGUUGAGUUCUAUCAAAAUGAAGUGAACUCUCACCAUAUUCUUUUUGUAUUCUUAGGUACAUUUCAGGACUGUUUUGACAGCUGUUGCAAUUCAAAUCCCAGUAAAGAAGCAGCAGAAAAUAAGCACUUUAAAAAAAAACUGGUUAAAUAUCAAGGGAUAUUCAAGUGACAUAGAAAUAGUAGAGAUACAAAACAAAAAGCUGGUACUAGAAAUCAGCAUUGCAUUAAGAAUUUAAAUUGUUUUUAUUAAAUAAUACUGUAUAAUAU